AUGGUGAAGAAAGCCGUCUUGGCCGGAGCGUGUCUCUACACUGCGGGUGCUCUGGCACAGGGGACCUGCGGCGACAUUCUCGUUCCCCGCAACCCUGCUCCGGUUGUUGCCAAUGGCUGGCAAGCACAGCUUGUCGCCGGCGGGUUGACCAAGCCACGAAGUAUCCAGUUUGAUGAAGCCGGUGCUCUGCUUGUUGUGGAGAGCGGCAAGGGAAUCAGUCGUCACAGAUUCACAGACAACGGCGGAACAUGCCUCCACGCCAACCACUCCCACAUGUUGGUUGAGCUCCAGGGUCUCAACCAUGGCCUCGCCCUGUCCAACGAAGGGGACAUCCUCUACGCCUCCACCGCCGAAUCCGUACUUGCCUGGUCCUACAACGCCCGCGGCGGUGCCGUCACCUUGCAACCUCGCACCCUCGUCGCCAACAUGAGCAACAACGACCUCGUCACCCGCACCCUCCUCAUCUCGGAAAAAGUCCAAGGCAAGCUCAUCGUCUCCCGCGGCAGCGCAGAAGCCAACCGCGACCGCGCUGCCGUCCUCUCGUCCGGCCUCUCCCAGAUUAGAGUCUUUGACAUCACCAACCGCUCUGACUCGGAAAGUCCUUACAACUUCAACACCGACGGUGACGUUCUCGGCUGGGGGUUGAGGAAUAGCGUCGGCGUGGCAGAACACCCCCGGACGGGCGGGAUAUACGCCGUGGAAAACAGCGUGGACGGGGUGACGAGAAACGGGCAGGACAUCAGGGAGAACAACCCCGGAGAGGAGCUCAACUUUUUUGGCUAUCUUGAUGAAACUGUCAACGUUAAUGCUUCUGCCAACAACAACUACGGCUACCCUCACUGCUUCGCGGUUUGGGACCCGAGUCACAUCCCGGAUGGGGAUGGGCUGGGGGUGGGGAAGCAGUUUGCCGUGGAGGAGAACAGCUCGUUGACGGAUGACACGUGCGACACUCAUUAUCUCGCGCCGAGGUUGACGUUUCGCGCGCAUUAUGCGCGAAUUGCAUCUCAAGUUCUCUACUGGGGGGCGAGACGGGGUAUAUCACGUUUAGGGGGGAGCUGUAGGUCUUUCCUUCAUAAUAUCCUGCUUGUGCCUGUGGCAAGCAUCGCCUUCAAUGCCGCGACAGGAGAACCAGUGGCAUCGGCUGAUAGCAGGGGGGCCCUGAGGGAUAUCAUCACGAAUGUGGACAACACGCAAUGCCCAGACAAGUGCUUCAGGCCGGUGGGGCUGGCCAUUGACUCCAAGGGGAGAAUUUGGUUUUCGAGCGACUCUACGGGCGAGAUUUACGUUCUGCAGAGGACAGGCGAGAACUCAGAAGGAAAGUUUGUCUUGCCAGAAGGCGGACAAAACGGGGAUGGGAGCGGCACCAAUAAUGGUAAUGGAGACUCAGCUGCGUCCACGGUGUUUGGGUGGGAGACAAGGGUGCUGGGUUGGACCGCGCUUGUUGGGCUGGGGGCGUGGUUGAUGGCUGUGUAA